AUGAGGGAAAGUCUCCUCUUCUCUGGUUCUCUCAUCGUCACCGCACUGGUGGUGGUGAGUUGCGGUUUGCUCUACCUGUUUCUAGGAAUCGGCCAGUUCUCGUCUACGUUAGCUGAGUUAUCCACACUUCUCCCAGAUGAGCCGGCACACGAGCUGCAGGAGCUCUUCGCCUCUGUGAGCCACGCGCUUCUCAGCGACGAGAUUCUCAUUCACUUGAACCAGUCUGUGUUCGCGGCUGCCGCUGUCCUCUUUUCUUUGGUUACUCUGCUGAGCUUUGUUGAAGAGGCGCUGCUGCGGGUAAAGGAGAAGGUAUGCCUGUGGGGUAAGCUGCCGAGCCCGCAGGUGCUGCAUUACUACAACCGGAAUAGCUACGACGUGGCAGUAGCCCAGGUCGGAUACGGAAUCUCUCUUAAGAAAAUCAUCUAA